CAGAUCACCCGACUCGAUCGCCUGAAACUGAAAACAAACAUGUCCGUAGAGGUAUUUCCUUUUAAACGUGCUUAUCCUAGUGUACAGUAUGCCUAUAACAAAUACAAGGCUACAUCAAUGGGCAGUGAAAACAGAAAUGAAACUAUUCAGGGGAGUUAAUUCUAAUCGUUUUUUUUCUUCUGAGUUAUUGUAGCCUAACUGGCAAUGGUGUAGCCUAAUUGAGAUACAACAACGAGAAACAACAUCACUGUCACAAACUCAAAGGUGAGGUUUGUCACAAUCCAAGGCUAGCCUAGAUUAGAUCUAGAUUUAGACUCAAGUCGUGUUUAAUUGUAACCACACGAUAUUAUUAUAAGUGAUGUGCAAGUGAGCCAGUUGCUGUAACCAAAGUACAAGCUGUAUGCAAAGAUGGAGAACUACACUAAAGGAGAGACAAAGAAAGAAUAUGAUCCUCCUCGGCUGUUUCUUGAGGGGGCAGUGGAAAUGAAGGUCACAGGAGGGAGCAAAAUCAGAAAUUUGAUGGGUUUUGCCAUGUCUUCUAUGGGGGACAAGUCUGUGAGACACAUGACAUGGAAUGGAACAGGCAAUGCUAUCAACAAAACUAUCUCUUGUGUUGAAAUAAUGAAACGAAAAGUUAAGGGGCUGCACCAGAUUACGCAGAUUGGAUACAUGCGAGUUGAAGACUUCUGGGAGCCAUCGAUUGAGGGUUUAGAUACGCUGAAGGUGAACACAAACAUUCCAGCAAUAAGCAUACUGUUGUCCAAAGACCCUCUGGAUUCAAAUGAUCCAAGUUAUCAAGCUCCGGGUGCUACUGACGUGGUUUGGGCCGGCACAUCAAAACGGCGACACCAGUUUCAUUCCCAUAAGAAUAAACUUGCUGCUGUCAGAGAUGUUAAGUCUGCUGCAUCGAGACCAAAACGGGCAAAGGGAGAUCGAAGAGAUGGUAAAAAAUCAUCGGGAAAGAAAAAAGAUGAUGGGAAAACUAUGGAGACCAGUUGAAGGAGCUGCUUAUUAAAUGAAUAUACUAUUAGUCAAUGAAUAUUUGGGCACUUUGCAAUACACUCCUUUUGGAGGUAAUAGAUUGUGUAUCAUUACUGAUAGCUAUUUACUGGUUGGAUGGACUGCUGCUGUUUGAUAAUGAUCUGCCUUAAACAGUCUGGAGCCUUGAAUCUAAAUGUGUAAUUGUAGUCUAUGAAAUAAUGAUCUACAGUUUGUAUGUGAAUUGAAAUAGUUUCAAAGGAAAGACAGUAGUGUUAAAUACAGUAUUUCAGAAUUUUUCUGUUUCUAAGACAAAAACACAUUAGUUAAAAUCAUCAGUCAAUAUCAUAGUGUUAGUGUUAGGGAUGCAUAUCAUUUAAGCAAUUUUUUUUUGGUUCCAGCUCUUUUCAUAGUGUCAUUUGGUGUAUGACAUGUUUCUAGGCGAAUUAACAGGCUGAUCAAUUUUUUUGACUUCCUAUUAUAUAAGAAAAACUUAUUUGUGUCUAGUUCUAGUUUUGCUGUGGUUACAUUCAGCUCAAGUGAUUGGAAUCUGUCCAUUUUUAUCCUAAUGUCUCCCAAUUGAUGGUCAAGAAGACAAAUUUUUUGCAUGGAGACACACAUUUUGUGUGUGUGUGUGUGUACGCAUGAAGAGAGAAAGUGCAAGUUAGAGGUGUGUUGUAUAUAUUUAAA